AUGGGUUUUUAUGAAGGAGCCUCUGUUCAUCCACGGAAUUCAGACACAAAUCUCCCAAUUCUCACUUCUUCAUCGUCUCCUUUAGCUUCAGAUCUCGGCGGAGAAUACAAUGACAGAGGACUCAAAACCCUUUUGAAAAAAAUGAUCUUUGAUUUUGGCUCUUGUUUCCUUCCUCCAUCGAGCUCAAUCGAGAGAUCCGGCAGCAAUGGAAAUAGCGGAGGCGGCGGAAGCAGCACCAGCGGCGGCGGAGGAGAGAACAACAAGGCGUGGCUUUUGGCGGAAACAGCUCCGGAAAAUAUGAAUCCGGAUCCUCACUCUGUUCACUCCUCCUUUAGAUUCAGUCUCUGUUCACAUAUUGAGCUUGAGAAGCUGAAAGGAGAAGAGCCUUCGCUUUCCGCUUCCUCUUCUUGCCGGAAUCUCUCUGUUUCCGGUGGCUCCACGACGGUUCUGAUGGUGAAUCUCGAGAACGGAGUUAAGGAAACCGGAAAAUCGACGGAUGAUUUGCGGUGGACGAGAGCUCGGUCGCUGGAAAAGAGCAUUUCUCCGGUGGCUAAUACAUUGGUCCGAUUCAGCUACGACGAAAUCGUCGCCGCCACUCGUAACUUCUCCAAAGGGAGAGUAUUAGGAAGAGGAGCUUGUAGCUAUGUGUUCAGGGGUAAACUCGGGAUUUGGAAAACAGCUUUAGCAAUCAAGAGACUUGACAAAGAAGACAAAGAAUCUCCAAAAUCCUUCUGCAGAGAGUUGAUGAUAGCAAGCUCUCUUCAUAGCUCCAACAUUGUGCCUCUUCUUGGAUUCUGUAUUGAUCCUGAAGAAGGUCUAUUCUUGGUUUACAAGUAUGUCUCUGGUGGUAGCCUUGAACAUUAUUUACACGAUAAGAAGAAGAAGAAGAAAGGUGUGAAAUCCGCUUUUGGCUUGCCUUGGACAGCAAGGUACAAGGUUGCGUUAGGUGUUGCAGAUGCUAUUGCUUAUUUGCAUAAUGGAACAGAGCAAUGUGUUGUUCAUAGAGAUAUUAAACCUUCCAAUAUUCUUCUUUCCUCAAAGAAAAUUCCAAAGUUGUGUGACUUCGGUUUAGCUACUUGGACCGCUGCUCCUUCUGUUCCUUUCCUCUGCAAGACUGUGAAAGGCACAUUCGGAUAUCUAGCUCCUGAGUAUUUCCAACAUGGCAAGAUAUCAGACAAGACCGAUGUUUACGCGUUCGGGGUUGUGUUGCUUGAGCUAAUAACUGGUAGGAAACCAAUAGAACCAAGAAGAUCAUCUGGUGAAGAAAAUUUGGUUGUUUGGGCGAAACCGUUGUUGGAUAGAGGGAUAGAGGCUAUAGAGGAGCUUCUUGAUCCGAGGCUGAGAUGUACAAGAAAAAACUCUGUUCACAUGGAGAUGAUGAUCCGUGCCGCAGCGGCGUGUGUGACCAACGAGGAGUCUCGGAGACCGGGAAUGGAAGAGAUUGUUUCGAUCUUGAAAGGUGGAGAAGAAGGAUUAGAGCCAAGAACAUACUCGAGCAGGAAAACUACAAAUCUAAUCGACACUUAUACACAGUUGCAACAGACUAAAUCAGAGAUGAAAUGUCAUCUUGAUCUUGCAAUGCUUGGAGUAACCGAGUUUGAAGACGAUGAUCGUUUGUACGGACGGUGA